AUAAAAUAAAAGUGAAGGCAGCUACUAUAAACCCUUGAUAAACCUCUCAAACAAAUCUGCGACCAGAGAUUAUGUUGGCGUCCUUGACAUCUUUAUCUCCGUCUGCACAUCAUCAACUCUUCAUCCAUCCUGUCACUUCUUCAGUCCAUGAAUUGUGUGGAAAGGCAAGAUUUUGUGGAGUUUUUAUGAAAAGGAAGGAAAGUUUGAUGAAGAAAAGGGUGUUGGUUGUGAAAGCAGGAGCUAAACGGGUUUGUUUUGAUAAAGAAUGCAGACAAGGCUUAGUUGCUGGGAUAGAUAAGCUUGCCGAUGCUGUUUCGGUUACCUUAGGACCUAAAGGCCGAAAUGUUGUUCUGUCUGAAUCCGGAACACUUAAAGUUAUAAAUGAUGGAGUUACGAUUGCUAAAGCAAUAGAACUUUCUGAUGCAAUCGAAAAUGCAGGAGCAGUGCUUCUCCAAGAGGUUGCAACCAAGACAAAUGAUUUGGCUGGUGAUGGUACUACCACUGCAAUUGUUCUUGCAAGAGAAAUGAUCAAAUCUGGAUUAUUGGCAGUAGCCUUUGGAGCAAAUCCGGUUGCUUUAAAGAAAGGAAUGGAGAGGACUGUAAAAGAAUUGAUCAAAGUUUUGAAGAGGAAAUCAAUUCCGGUAAGCAAAAAUGAUGAUAUAAAAGCUGUAGCUUCCAUCUCUGCUGGAAACGAUGAAUUUAUUGGUAACUUACUUGCUGAAGCCAUAGAUAAGAUUGGCCAUGAUGGAAUAAUUUCUAUCGAAACCUCCUCAUCAAGUGAAACUUCUGUGAUGCUUGAAGAAGGAAUGAAGAUCGAUAAAGGAUACAUGUCUCCUCAUUUUGUCACAAAUGAUAACAAUUUGUCGGUGGAAUUUGAAAAUGCUAAAGUCCUGAUAACUGAUCAAAAGAUAUCGGGUGUCAAAGAAAUCGUUCCUUUGCUAGAAAAGUGUACUCAAUUAAGUGCCCCUUUACUUAUCUUUGCCGAGGAUAUCUCAGUGUCAGUGCUGGAAACACUAGUUGUUAAUAAAACUCAAGGCACACUUAAGGUUGCUGUUGUCAAAUGUCCUGGGGUCGGAGAACGAAAGAAAGCUUUACUUCAAGAUAUUGCCCUCAUGACUGGUGGUGAUUUUCUCACCGGAGAUUUGGGUCUGUCUCUUGAAUAUGCGACAUCUGAUCAGCUUGGUAUUGCACGCAAAGUAACUAUAACUAGUAGCUAUACAACCAUUGUUGCUGAUCCAUCCAUGAAAGCUGAAAUUCAAGCAAGGAUAUCACAGAUAAAGAAGGAUCUCUCUGAAUCGGAUAGCUCAUAUCUUUCAAAGAAACUCAGCGAACGAAUUGCAAAACUCUCUGGUGGAGUUGCUAUAAUCAAGGUAGGAGCGCAUACUGAAACGGAACUAGAAGACAGAAAACUGCGAAUUGAGGAUGCAAAAAAUGCCACAUACGCAGCUAUGGAUGAGGGUAUUGUGCCUGGUGGUGGAGCCACCUAUAUUCAUCUUCUAGAGGAGAUCCCAAUGUUAAAAGAUUCCAUGGAAGAUCCAGAUGAGGAGUGUGGUGCCGACAUCAUAGCAUCUGCACUGCAAGCUCCUGCAAAACUGAUAGCAGCCAAUGCAGGGGUAGACGGAGAUGUAAUUGUUGAGAAGAUCAAAAAACUUGAUUGGGAAUUUGGUUAUAAUGCAAUGACCAACACUUAUGAGGAUCUCAUUUCAGCAGGAGUGAUCGAUCCAUGUAAAGUUUCAAGAUGUGCCCUUCAAAAUGCCGUAUCAAUUGCUGGUAUAAUCCUCACCACUCAAGCUGUAUUAGUCGAGAAAACUAAGCAACCUAAACCACCUGUACCUCUUCUCCCUGGAAUACAUCCUUGAUACAACGAUGAAACUAUUGAGCUUUUGACACUCUAUUCAAGUUUCUUCGUGCUGGAAAGGUCAACUGCCAUCACACUUUGUUAGGCGUAAACAAGAUGGAGAGGACAAUCCGCGUGUUGGGUGUAUCAAGUUGAGCAGAGCGUGAAAGCUCUCCAGGAUUUGUAGGCCUUGAUGGUGGUUUUGUUGGGGGGAAUUUUACAACAUUAACUGCACAACAGGAAUUGCUAGAAAACAGCUUAUUUCAUAUGUAUAUACCAUGGUAUUCUAUUUUAUUGUUAUUUUUAUAGAUUUCUUGGACAAUUUGAGCAGCAAAUUAGUACCAUUAAUCUUUUAGAGGAUAGUUUGUAACCGUUCAAGAAGACAGAGUGAGUAAUGAAUAUCAUGAACUUCCGUUGUGAUA